GGUCACAAUGUUACCGUUUUCGCCACUGACCAUGAUGACGUCCAAGGCCAACGUUCUCCUCCUUCGCGAACCUAUGCCGUCCUCCGACAGUGGACAGGACCGGUAUGAAGCCAUCUUUACUGCAGCAAACUACACGCCUUUCUCGAUUCCAGUACUCGAGACCGUGCUCACGAAUAUCAAUGAACUCGCAUCAGUAACGGCGCAGGGCAAUUUCGAUGGAGUUGUCAUGACCAGCGCACGUUCAUGCGAGGCCUGGUACAAGGCGAAUGGUGCAGCCAAGAACGAAUGUCCGUUCUAUGUUGUCGGGAAGGCUACAGCCUCGACACUGCGUUGUACUAUUCACAACGUCGAUAUCCGUGGAGAAUUCUCAGGGACAGCAGAGCAACUCGCCAAUGAAAACAUACAGACGAUAUGGUUGUAGGAUGCGUCAUUGAGAGAACACGCCUUUUCAAAGAUAAUGCAUAGAAUCUCCACGGGGAGUCGACGAAUGACCAGAAGAGAUUUGUGGAAGAGAGGACAUUGGCUGAUGCGGUGCUUAGUCGCAACUAGAGUGCACAACGCGCGCUUGAGCCGCGAGAUCUCGAAAUCAGACCUUUUUCGGUCUGCACAUUAGGCAACACAUGCCUGCUCUUGGCCUUCUCGGCCUUGACCUCGGCUGACUAGUUCUUUCUCUUAUUUUCUCUCCUCUUGUGCAUACUGGAAUACUAUAGAAAAUUGUAGAAUAUUAAUGACUUGAACUAUCUAUAGUAUAUAAAACCGUACUUUCCAUGGUAAAGAAGAUAAUUCAAUCAAUUUACUGCUUUCAAC